AUGAAAAAAUGCUGGGAUGAGGAUCCAUUAAAAAGGCCAUCUUCUAAAGAAGUUUUGAAUAUUAUUAAAAAUUGGAUUUUCCAUCCUUCAAAUAAGAAAAUUAAAGAUAUCAAUAAAGAAUUAAAAAGCAAUAUUACUGAAUUUAUAAAUGCACCAAUUGAGUAUAAUAACCUUAUUGUAGAAUCUCAUCCAAAAGCAUGCUGUACAAGUCAUUUACUUGAUUUUACUAGUAAAGAAUUAAAUGAAAUUCUAGAAGGUUUUCAAGGAUUUCUUGAAUUAAAACAAAAUUAUCAAGGUUCUCAAAAUGAAUUACAAAAUAUUCAAAUGGAAUUAAUUAAUUUACAACAAAACUCAACUUUACAAAAUGAAGAAUUUGCAAAAAAAGAAAGUACUUUACAAAUCCAAAUUACAAACCUGCAAAGUGAAAAGCAAGCUUUAGAUGGCAAGCUGACUGAACAGUUAAAGCAAAUCAGUCAGCUAAAUCAAGAAAAAAAUAAUCUGCAAGAUAAAUUAGUCCAAACAGAAACUAUUAUUCAAGAGUUAAAAUUUCAGCAAGAUCAAUUUAAAAAUCAAUUAAAUCAAUCUCAAAUUGGUUAUAAACAAAUAGAAGAAGAAAAUCUUAAAUUAGAAAAGAUUGCUGAAACUUAUUAUCAAA